AUGAUUUCCACAAGGGUGAUGGACAUUAAGCUUCGGGAAGCCGCAGAAGGCCUUGGAGAGGAUGGCACAGGAAAGAAAAAAUCGAAGUUCAAAACUUUCAAGAAGUUCUUCGGGAAGAAGAAGAGAAAGGAAUCUCCAUCGUCCACAGGAAGUAGCACCUGGAAACAAAGUCAGGCGAGGACUGAGGUCAUUGCCAUCGAGUCAGGGCCGGUGGGCUACGACUCUGAGGAUGAGCUGGAGGAGUCGAGGGGCACACUGGGAAGCCGGGCCCUCUCACAUGACAGUAUUUUCAUCCCUGAGUCUGGACAGGACCCUGCUCGACCUGUGCGAGUAUUUUCCCAAGAAAAUGUGUGUGAUCGGAUUAAAGCUCUGCAGUUAAAAAUCCAGUGUAAUGUGAAAAUGGGGCCACCACCUCCUCCAGGGGCGCUUCCCACCAAGCGGGGAGAGGAUGCUGGCAUGAGCUCUGAGGAUGACGGGCUGCCCAGGAGCCCCCCAGAGAUGUCCCUGCUGCAUGAUGUGGCGCUCGGCCCCACCAUAAAGGUCUCGUUCGUGUCCUCAACCCGGCCACUGUCUCCAGACCAGGCAAGUGACACCACCGUCUCCCCACGGACCUCAGACAGCAGCUUGGCGCCCGUGGCUGACUUCAGUCACCCUCCAGAGUCCUCCUCCUGCCUGGACAACUCUGCAGCUAAGCACAAGCUCCUGGUUAAGCCCCGCAACCAGCGGUCGAGUAAAUUGAGGCGGCUGUCAUCGCGAGCACAGUCUGAAUGCCUGAGCGAUCUGACGUGGACCCUUGAGGAAGAAGAAUAUGAGGAGAAGCCAUUACCUGUCACCGAAGAUAGCCCCAGUUCUGGACAGCAGCACAAUGUGGUGCUGGACAGAGGCCCCGGGCCUAGGCCGGCCAUAACUUUGCUGCAGCCUGGAGGGGCACGAGCCAGACGUGCCCGUCUGCAGCACUGUCAGGCGCUCAAUACCAGCAUGGAGGAGGAAGGGAGCUCCCCUGGUGACAAGCCCUCCAGCCGCCCAGCCACCCCAGAGAUCACUGAGCCCGUGUCAAUCCCUGCCCCCUGCGUGGAGUCCCUGUCUCUACCAGAAGGCUCCACGCACCCUAGUCCUGACAGUGAGAACCAGGAGGAGGUGCUGUCCACCUCAGGCUCCAGCCCCCUGAUGGCUGACACUGCUGAGGAGGGGGGUUGUACUUCUGAAGAUUUUGCAAGUCCACUGUCUACUGAUGUCCCUGCAGGGGACAUGACACCUCCUGGGACUGUUGCUGCAACUGCCUCGGAGACCCUGGCUGGUCCUGAGGAGCCACAUCAAGAUGUCCCAGAUCAAGGUAUCCCAGACCAAGAUGUCCCAGACCAACGUGGCCCUGACCGAGAUAUCCCAGACCAACGUGGCCCAGACCAACAUGACCCAGAUCGAGAUCUUAAGUUGGAAGUGGUGGAGCCUAACGGAACAGAGAAAGCGUACCCUAUGGCACCAGGCCCAAGCCCGCCAGUGCCCAAGAGCUGCCUGAAGCGCAGGGCCUCAGCUGCCAGCACGGGCCUCACCAGGUCCCCCGCGGGGUCGCCUCCAGGGGAGCCCGGACCCUGCGCCCAGGACAGAGAAGCCGCCCCUGCGGAGGUCCCCAAGGCUGAGCAGGUGGAGCCCCCCCAGGGAGAGAGGGCAGCUCCAGAGCGGAAAACUGAGCGAGGCAGCACGGAGGUACGGGGCUCCAAGAAGUUCUCGGUAUCCUCGUGCAGGGUGCGGACACGCCCGGGGAACUCGCGCCUGCCUGAGCAUCCUGGCGUCACCAGCAGCCGCCUGCCCCUGGGGAGGAGCGGCCCGGCCUGGAGGAGCGAGGCGGCUCUCGAUGACCUGCAGGGACCUCCUGAGCCCCAGAGCGGGAAACUCGGCCCUCAGAAGCCAGCGGAGGGCGCCUCUCAGGACUCGGGGGCCAGAGUGGCCUGCCCAGCCACCCAGGAGCCGCCCAUGGGGGAGGACAGAAGCCCCUUCCCGGUCAAGCUCCGGUCCACCUCGCUGUCUCUCAAAUACCGAGAGGGCUCCUCCCAGGAGGCCAGAGGGAUGAAGAGGUACAGUGCCGAGGUCAGAUUAGAAAGAGGACUGACUUUACUUCCGAAAGAUGAGAAGUGUCACGCUGGUGCAGCCCCUGCCCUUCGGGGCACCAAGUCCCCCAGCGAUCAGGGAAAGGGGAAGGCCCGGUCUCCUGAGCAGCUCAGCUCCAAACCGCCCCUGCCCAGGAAGCCGCUCCUGCAGAGCUUCACUCUCCCGCACUCGCCUGCGCCCCCCGACGCCAGCCAGGGAGAGACGGAGCCCAGGAAGGACCCCAGGACUGAGAAGAGACCGCUCCGCAGGGGAGCUGAUAAGGGCCUGCCCCCUGCAACAACAGGGCCUGGAGCUAACGGGCAGCCUGCCCCUCCCUGGAUCACCAUAGCUCGGCAGAAGCGACGAGGGCCCCCGGACCAGCCACACAACCAGGAGGACAAGCCUGGGGCCCGGACCCUGAAGUCUGAGCCUGGAAAGCAAGCCAAGCCACCCGACAGAGCCCAGGAGCCUGUGAAACAAGCAGACUUUGUGCGCAGCAAGUCUUUCCUGGUGACCCCUGUGAAGCCUGCAGUGGACCGGAGGCGGGGGGCGGAGCUUGGCCUCCAGGAGGGGCUGCAGAGGGGAAUAUCACUGUCUCACCAGAACUUGGCUCAGUCUGCAGUGAUGACGGAGAAGGAAUUGCAUCAGCUGAAGAGAGCCAGUUAUGCCAGUGCAGAUCAGCCAUCCUGGAUGGAACUUGCCAGAAAGAAAUCUCAGGCUUGGAGUGACAUGCCCCAAAUUAUAAAAUAG